CCCUGUCUUUCGGUUGGAGUUUCGGUGGUUUGAAGAUCUGACUUCCUUUGGACCGGCAAAGGAUGAUGUGGUCGACGAUACUGCUACUGUGCUUGCACUGGAUUCUGCCAUGGUUAGAGUUUAUGAUAGUGGGCUUCAGAUUCUUUGAUUUAUACUCCUAACUUUUGUUUAAGUCCAUAUUCUCUCUAUGAAUUUUCAUUUCAUUAUUUUCUUUUUUCACUUUUUAAUCAACUUUCUCUUCAAUUUGAGAUAAUAUUAAGGAGAAAAUAAGUAAUAUUUUCCUUUCUCCAGGAAAGGGAAAAAUAUCUUGUCAACUUUAUUUUCCACACAGUAUUUUCCUUCCUCCUUUUUUUAUCUUAUCCAAACGCAACCUUAGUCAUCAGACGAUCUGUCGUUUAACGUUAUGAGGUCUGGGAACUUGAGAGGAGAGAAGCAUUCUUGUUGCGAGUAAUUUCAAGUUUUUGGUAUUGGAAUGCUGGUUGCUAGAUUAACAACCAUAUUGAACAAUUGUCCUACUGCUAAGCAGGCAAAGCAAAUCCAUUCACAGAUUAUUGUAUGUGCUCUUAGUAAUCUUGAGCCUCUCUUGGUUCGCCAAAUCCUUCUCUCAGCUUCCACUUACUCUACAACUGUUGCCCAGUAUGUCCUCAAAAUCCUUUUCCAUUUGCAAUAUCCAGACGCCUUCUCAUGGGGUUUCACGGUCAGAUAUUUCUCCCAGCAAGCCCAGUUCAAGGAUGCCUUGUCCCUCUACUUUCAAAUGCGUAGACAAGGAAUUUGUCCAAGCACAUUUGCUAUGUCGUCGGCUUUAAGGGCAAGUGCUAGGAUUGUCUCUAAUACUGAAGGAAUGUUAAUUCAUGCUCAAAGUUUUAAAUAUGGUUUCUGUGGGUGUGUUUAUGUUCAAACGGCUCUAGUUGAUUUGUAUUCAAAAUUGGGUGAUAUGAACAUUGCACUGAAGGUAUUUGAUGAAAUGCUGGAGAAGAAUGUGGUUUCAUGGAAUUCAAUUUUAUCUGGGUAUUUGAAAUUGGGGCAUUUAGCAGAGGCUCAGCGUGUGUUUAAUCAGAUACCAAAGAAGGAUAUUGUAUCCUGGAAUUCAAUGUUAUCUGGGUAUGCAAAAAUUGGGGAUAUGGACCAGGCUUGCCUUUUGUUUGAACAGAUGCCGGAGAGAAAUUAUGCUUCUUGGAAUGCAAUGAUUAGUGGGUUUGUGGAGUGUGGGAAGAUAGACUCAGCAGAAAAGCUUUUUGCUGAAAUGCCCCAAAGAAAUAACGUUUCCUGUAUUACAAUGAUUGCCGGUUACUCCAAAUGCGGUUUUGUUGAAUCUGCUUGGGAAAUAUUUAAUCAGAUGACAGACAAGGAUCUUAUCUCGUUUAAUGCGAUGAUAUCUAGCUUGGCUCAAAAUAACCGGCCAUUGGAGGCUCUUAAAUUGUUCAACGAGAUGUUCAAAGCUGAUGUGAAUAUUCAACCAGAUGAGAUGACCUUAGUAAGUGUUGUCUCAGCUUGUUCACAAUUGGGGGAUAUGAGGCAUGGGUCAUGGAUCGAAUCAUGCAUAAAAAAUUUUGGAAUCGAAUGUGAUGACCAUUUAGUCACUGCUUUGAUUAACUUUUACGCAAAGUGUGGGAACAUUGAUAAGGCGUAUGAACUAUUUUAUGGCCUCAAGAAAAAGGAUGUGGUUGCUUACAGUGCUAUGAUCUUGGCUUGUGGCAUUAACGGGAAGGUUAAUGACGCCAUUAAAUUGUUUACAGCAAUGGUGGAUGCCCAAAUUCAGCCAAAUUUAGGCACAUUCAGUGGACUGCUGACUGCAUAUAACCAUGCUGGUUUGGUCGAAGAGGCUUACCUGUGCUUUAAGUCCAUGAAGGAACACCAACUUGUCCCUUUACUUGAUCAUUAUGCAAUCAUGGUUGAUCUUUUAGGGAGGGCAGGAAGAUUACAAGAAGCAUAUGAGCUUAUAAAGAGUAUGCCAAUGCAGCCUCGUGCUGAGGUUUGGGGAGCUUUACUACUUGCCUGUGAAGUACAUAGCAAUGUUGAGUUUGGAGAGAUUGCAGCUAAGCGUUGUUUUGAGUUGGAACCAAUGACAACUGGUUAUUAUUCUCUUCUUGCAAAUAUUUAUGCCUCCUUUGGGAGGUGGGAUGAUGCUAGGAAACUGAGAAAGGUGAUGAAAAACAAAAAAUUGUCCAAGAUACCCGGGUGUAGUUGGACGGAAUUAACUUAAUUCUUCCUAUUGGGACAAGCAGAUGCUGUCCAAGAUCUUGAACAUUAUGGUCUUCAACCUGGUUUUGCUUGUAAACUCUGUAUGAAACUUCGAGUUGGCAUGCCUCUUGGCCAGUAACCAAAGCGGCUGGUUAUAGUAAGACUUAGCUUAAGGAUAAAGACGUUAAUGCGAUCAUUCCCCUGCCUCGAAAUGGUUGCAGCAUUCGUAUCAAUGGAACAUUGAUGAAGUCUUGAGCUAUAGCUUUACCAGUAAAGGAUCUCAAAAUUAUUGUCUUAGCUAGAAGGGACCUGUAAACAAAUAGAAAAUAGUCAGAAGUUCAUCGGGGAGAUCUCCAAUGAAGACUGCUCAAGUUAGAUAUAAAACUAUUUUUAUGAGUGUGAUACAGAGAUAAAAUAGAGCGAGAAGGAAAUAGAGAACCUCAUUUCUUCCUUACCUAUCCCUAUAAAGAGGAAAAUAGUUGAGGUCA